UUCCUUUUUUAAUGAAUUAUUGUCGAAAAUAACUAUUUUGUAAUUUUAUUUCAGCUUUCACUUGAAGAAACCUAUGUCCAAUUUAGCAUCAUGAUUUUAUUGGAGCUAACCACAGUCACUGUGCUAAUUGUUAAGCACACGGAUAAUUUCUAAUUUAGCUUCAUCUAUACUAUGGAGAAAUGUAUUGUGUGUCUAAAAGAUGACCACCCAACAACACUGAUCAAAUUGCGACAAAAAGGUUGUCUUGGAAUCAUCAAAGCUAGCCAGGAAAGAGGAGACUGUUUGUCCGCAUUAGAGGGUAAUUUUGUCCAUCAACUCUGCAGGAAAACAUAUACCAAUCCAAAUGACAUAAAGAAAUACAAAAAAGAAAAACUUGUUUUGAGAGAAAUUCAUACAAAUACUCCAAAAUUACGAUCAAAGUCCCAUUUUGAUUUUAAACAUCAUUGUUUAUUCUGUGGAAAUGAAGCAACAGACUCCAAGAAAAAAGACAAAAAUGUAUUUCAGGUUCGAACUGAUGAUUUUGAGAGUCGCAUACAAGAUGCUUGUGAUCUUCGGAAUGAUGAUUGGGCAGCCGAGGUUCGCGGAAGACUGGAGAGCGUAAGCGACCUCCAUGCAGCGGAUGCUGUUUAUCACCAGGCAUGUAGUGUAAACUUCCGCACGUGCAAAAACACUCCUGUAUUCCGUUCUCCCAUAUCACCAGACGCAAAGCCUGAAAACAAAAGAGGAAGGCCAGCUUUGCAAGAAGACGGCUUCUACAAAACAGUCGACUUCCUUAAACAUCAUGACGACGAACAGAUUUCCAUAUCAGAUCUUGUUGAAAAAAUGGACGAGAUGUGUGAUGGGAAUGCUUAUAGUCAGAUGUAUUUAAAGAAAAGAUUGAAGCAACAUUUUGGAGAUGAAAUCAUUAUUACAGACAUACCAGGUAGAAAAAGUGUUGUAACUUUACGUGAAACCGUGACCUGUAUUCUUCAGGACUAUUACCAGAGACCAAGCAACUUAAAUCCAGAUGACGAAAAGAGAGCUUUGAUCAGAGCAGCUGCCAAACUGAUAAAAAGCGACAUCCGAUCUGUAGAUACCACAAAGUCUAUCUAUCCAACUCCAGCCAACAUUGCAUCAGUUGAUAAUAAUUUAUCAUACUUACCCGAAAGCCUGCUGUUAUUUCUUUCUAACAUAUUUUCUGAGAAAGACCCAUCGGUGAAAAUAGCUUCCAUAGGACAAGCAGUAAUGCAAGCCUCACGACCUCGAGCACUUAUAACACCGCUUCAACUCGGUCUAGGAGUACAGGUGCAUCACAACUUUGCUUCACGAUUUCUUGUGUCCACAUUGAACAGCUUAGGAUUUUGUUCCUCAUACUAUGAAGUCCAGAAGUUUGAAUCAAGUGCUGCAGCUGUACAAGGAGUUGAUCUUCCAGGCGAUAUAAGCAACAGCUUUGUACAAUUUGUAGCAGAUAACGUUGACCACAACACAAGAACGAUAGAUGGCCUCAACACUUUUCAUGGCAUGGGCAUAAUAGCUGGAAUUACGCCUGGUACGAAGAGAACACAACCCAUUCCUAGAAUAGCUUUUUCUACCGAGGAAAUAAAGGCAUUAGCAAAGAUAGAGAUCAAAUAUUACAAACCUCAAUCAGAUCGUAUGGCUGAAUUAAGUUAUGCUGAGUUGAAAAACCUAAACACACUGGAUAAGACUUUCCGUCUUGACCUGCUGUCGGUUAUUAUUUGGCCUUUAAAGUAUCCAAUACCAAUGUGGUCUGGCUUCAUGCAGAUGGUUCAGACGGGAGACUACCCAGGAAAAUCAUCAGUUUCAUUCCUACCUAUGAUAGAUUUGAAUGCUUCGGACAUGACAUGUAUUUAUUCUACAUUGAACUUCGUCGCCAACCAAGCAAAGCGUUAUGACAUAACAGCGAUCUUGACUUUUGAUCAACCUCUGUAUUGGAAAGCCUUAUCAAUUGUUGAAAACGAAAAUCCAGGAAGCACCUUGAAGUCUAUGGUUUUACGAUUAGGACCAUUCCACACAGAGAUGAGCUUCCUUGGCUCAAUAGGGAAUCUUAUGAGUAAUACUGGUUUGAAAGAGAUGUUAGAACUCAUAUACGCUCCGAAUGCCGUCACGCAUAUCCUUAGCGGAAAAGCUGUAGCUAGAGCGUUUAGAGGUCACAUGUUGGUGGAUACAGCACUUUAUUGUUUGUUGAUUGCAGAUAUAUUUAAUAUUGACGUAUCUAAACUUUUGGAAGAACCCAAUUCAACCCUUGAAACAACUGAAAUGAAGGAAAUUGAUGAAUUAUAUUCUCAAUUAUCCUCUGGAGAGCUGUCAGCUUCAGAAGCGGGUGAAUCAGAUGUCUUGAAAAACCUAGAAGCAACGGUCCAGAGAAAACAGGAAAUGUUAAAGCAAAGUCGUACAGCAAAGUUGUGGCUGCAGUAUUCAGAAAUGGUCCAGGUUUUAAGACAAUUUAUCAAAGCAGAGAGAACCGGUAACUGGCCUCUUCAUUUGCAAAGCAUCCAAGAAAUGUUGCCUUUUUUGGCAGCAUCUGGACAUAAUCUGUACACGAAAACAGCAUACGUCUACUUAAUGACAAUGCAAUCUUUAGACGAAGACCAUCCUGAUGUUUAUGCUAGUUUCAUCAAUGGGAAUCAUGUCAUCAGACGCAGCAAUAGGUACUGGGCUGGAAUAUCUUCAGAUUUAUUCAUAGAGCAAGUUCUAAUGAGAAGUGUGAAAACAGCGGGUGGAUUGACGAGAGGACGAGGAAUGACUGAAAGCCAGCGUUCACUUUGGCUUAUGUCCAUGCCAGCAUGUGCUGAGAUCAAUCAAGCUAUGCAGGAUUUGUCCGGAGUAGGAUACUUUUCUAGUGAACAACACAAAGACGAAACACAUGCAAGACAAAAGAAGGACACUAACGACAUUCAAGCUCUUCUCACGUUCUUGAAAAGUCGUAAUCCAUUCAUUGAUUCAGAGGUAGACCGUUCACUACGAAACAUUGAGACAGGAGUAGUAGCUGAUAAAACCGUGAAUGUAGAUGAUGCCAAAAAGGUUGGAACUUCCAUUCUACAAGAACUAGUAGGAAAGAAUAUAGCUGACCACACGUUUAGGAGAAAGAAACAAGCCAUUACACUAGGCAACAAAGUUCAGGCAAAACUUGACGGCGAACCUCUUAGAAUCGAUUCACAGCUCCUUUUUCAGAGAUGCACCACUGCGGCACAUGGUAUUUUCGAAGAUAUUUCAGAGAUAUUUCAAUUUGAAUUAUGUGGAGUUCCUUCGUCAAUAUUUGAAACCACUGGCCUUCCAAGAGAGCCUCAAAAAUCAACCCUUGCCGAAUAUAUGUGGAAUUUGAUUGGACUUAAACCAAAAGCACCAACUGAAACCCACUUUGUACUUGAUGGUGGUUCUCUUAUACACCGUUUACCAUGGGCAAAAGGAGCUACAGUUGACACCAUAUGUAUGACUUACGUCAAUUAUGUUAACAAUCACUAUACAGAUGCAACUGUUGUGUUUGACGGAUAUCCAUCAGUUCCAACUACAAAAGACGUAACUCAUUUCAGACGUACUAAAGGAAUCCUAUCUCCAAAAGUCAAUUUUAACAAUGACACACCAAUCAAAACCAAAAAAGACGAAUUUCUUUCAAAUUCAGAAAAUAAACAGCACUUUAUCAAUACCCUUGGAGAAAAACUUAAAGACGGACAUGUUCAAGUUAUUCAUGCAGAAGAUGAUGCUGAUCUUAAGAUUGUGCUUACAGCAAUAGAAAAGUCGAAACAACAUACAACUACCGUCAUAGGAGAGGACACUGACCUACUCAUACUGCUUUGUUAUCAUUCAAAAGAUGCCAUAAACAAGAUUUACUUCAAAUCAGAAGCCAAGCAAAACACUCAAAAAAUAAAGAUUUGGGACAUAACAGAGACAAGGAGAAAAAUUGGACCACUUGUUUGCUAUAUUUUGCCAUUCAUACACGCCUUUAGCGGAUGCGACACAACAUCUCGUAUUUUUGGUCAAGGCAAGGGCACUGUUUUCAAGAAAAUAAGUACUAACAUUAAACUACAAGAUCAUGCAGCUGUCUUUUGCCAGGAGUCCAAUGUUGAGAGCAUUCAUAAAGCAGGUGAACAAAUAUUUGUUGCAUUAUAUGGAGGGUUACUAGAUGUUGAAACAUUAGAUAUGCUGCGUUACAGAAUAUUUGCCUCUAAAGUUUGCGUUGGAAAUAUAUAUGUACAAGUGCACACUCUCCCACCAACAUCUGACGCUGCUAAGCUACAUUGCAUGAGAGUGUAUCAUCAAACGCAAGUUUGGAUUGGGAAAGGUGAUAAAUUAGAUCCAAAGGACUGGGGUUGGCAUGUUGAGGACAAUAAAUUGCUUCCAAUUAGAGCAUUACUACCACCGGCUCCCGAACGGCUUCUUAGGAUAAUUAGAUGUAAUUGCAAAUUGAAUUGUGACACAAAACGAUGCUCAUGUUGUAAACACGGAAUAGACUGUUCCCCAGCAUGUGGGGAAUGUCGUGGAAUGAAUUGUUCCAAUACAAGUAACAUUACAGAACCCGAUGAAAUUGACGAUAUGUGAAUGCAUCAAUAUGCAUGUACAUUGCAGAGACAUUUAACCAUACAUUAGGAAGACUUAUUUCAAAAUUGUCUGUUUUUUUGUUAAUUUGAAACAAAAUCAAAUAUUUUCAAAGAUAAAUUUUUCAGAAACUGUAUUUACCAUUCUUAUACUUUUUGAUGAUAACGAAAGUAACCAAGUUAAAACAAAGUAAACAAUUAUUGAACAGUUUAGGCAAUUUAUAAUAUUAAUUCAAUGAAUGUUGUAACAAAUCUAACAUUAAUACAUUUUAUUUAGAAAUUCAUUUCAUUUUUAUUUUGGGGGAGGGGUAAUUUUGGGCUAAUUUCGAUGAUAGAUAAAUAGAUUUUCAUUUAAACUACUGUUUGUUUUCUUUUUCCUAUUCGCAAAUAAUUGUAAAUAAUUGUGUUUAAUGUCUUUACUUUAAAGCUGCCGACAAAAUAAAACGUUUGACAACAGCCAUAUAUGAAUCUUAAAUAUAUCGAUUUUUUUGCAUUUUUUUUGUGAUUUUAUCAUUAAAAGGGUUAAUUCUACCAAUAAGUUCUUACUCUGGAUUGUAAAUUUUACUUCGGAAAUGUUCUUUGAAGUUGUUUUAGUCAUCUUUAUUCGUUUUUGACAUUUGUCUGGCUAACAUAGUGCUAAAAUUCCGAUUUUUUUAUUUUUUCACAAUUUUCAUCGAUUUUUGGUUAAAAUUAAUGUUUUUAGCCCAAAAAUGGGGAUUUCCGAUCGUACGAUUUUUCUAGACUUUUAAUAUAUGAUUGCGUCAUGCUUUGGUAUUAUAAAACUGUUGAAACCAUUUCUGUUGCAAUUUGUUUAGAUUUAUGCAUUAUUUGCCGUAGACAGACU